CUCGACUCAGCCGUUGGUCGCCAUUUUGAGACGACUGACCAGCUAACACAGUGAGACGGAGGCUGUUACGCAGCGACUCUAAAACGUGUUUGGGGUAUUUUAAUUAAAAUUAGUUUUGUCUAAUAUUAGAUCCAAUGUCUCGAUUUAAUAACAAUCGCGGCGGACUCGGGGGGAUGAAUCACUUCCAGGCGCGCAGAGGCGGGCCCGGCGGCCCCAUGCGAGGGGGACUAAUGGGGAACCCGAACUUCAGGAGCCAUCCCUUUCAAAACCAGAACCAGAAUCGGAGAGGACAGAACAACAGCUUCAACAAACCGAACAAUCAGGGGCCGCAGGUGACUCCCCAGAAGCCACAGCAACUGCCCAUCAUCCCUCCACCGACCCCCGGCCCGGCGCUCACGAUGAAAGGCCCGAUGCAGCAGCAGAACGCGGCGGCGGCGGCAGCGGCGCUGCAACAAAAGCCGGUAACUCCUGCGCCCCAGCCGAAGAUUCAGUCCCCACCGCCGAAACCUAUCGUGACCUCCCCUCCACCCAAUAUGGCAAACAAGAACCAGAACCAGAACCAGAAUCAGAAUCAGAACCAGCAGCUGAAGUCGCCGGUCGGAAAUGCCAACGGACAACAGCACAAGCAGCAGCAGCAGCAGCAGCUCCCACACCCGAGCCCGAAGACCGGGCCCCCGCAGGGCCAGAAGUCAGGCCCCCAACAAGGCCAGAGGACGGGGCCACCGUUGAUCAAGAAGGAGCGAAUGGAGUCGGAGAAGAAUGCUUCAAACGCGGAGGCAGCAGAGCCACAGGAGGGAUUCAAAGCGACACUGUCCAUGCUGCUGAAACCCGGCGAGAAGACGUACACACAGCGGUGCCGCCUGUUCAUCGGUAACCUGCCCAGCGACAUCUCAGAGGAGCAGUUCAAGAAGCUGUUCGCGAAGUACGGAGAACCCAGCGAGGUCUUCAUCAACAAAGGCAAAGGCUUUGGUUUCAUCCGACUGGAGUCCCGUGCACUUGCGGAGAUAGCAAAGGCAGAGUUGGACGACACGCCGAUGAGAGGCAGGCUCCUGCGCGUGCGAUUCGCCACACACUCCGCUGCUCUGUCGGUGAAGAAUCUGUCGCCGUUUGUCUCCAACGAGCUCCUGGAAGAAGCUUUCUCCCAGUUCGGAAUGGUGGAGAGGUCCAUCGUCAUUGUGGACGAUCGUGGGCGCUCCACGGGCAAGGGCAUUGUCGAGUUCGCCUCCAAACCCGCAGCGAGGAAGGCUCUGGACCGGUGCAACGAAGGCGUCUUCCUUCUCACUACGUCACCCCGACCUGUUAUUGUUGAGCCUCUGGAGCAGUUUGACGACGAAGACGGACUUCCAGAGAAAUUGGCACAGAAGAAUCCCAGAUAUAAUGCAGAGCGUGAGGAACCUCCCCGCUUUGCUCGGCCUGGCACUUUUGAAUUUGAGUACUCAAAGCGAUGGAAGUCGCUCGACGAAAUGGAGAAGCAGCAGCGGCAGCAGGUGGAGAAGAACAUGCGCGAGGCCCGAGAGAAGCUCGAGAGCGAGAUGGAGGAUGCUUACCACGAGCACCAGGCCAAUCUACUCAGACAAGAUCUGCUGAGGCGACAGGAAGAACUUCGACGCAUGGAAGAGCUGCACAGUCAGGAAAUGCAAAAGAGGAAGGAAAUGCAGAUCAGACAAGAGGAAGAACGACGCCGGCGUGAAGAGGAGAUGCUUCGUAAAAGGGAGAUGGAAGAACAGAUGCGGCGUCAGCGUGAGGAGAACUACAGGAUGGGCAAUUUCAUUGAUAGGGAACGGGAAAUGAGAAUGAAUCCUGGUGGCGCUUUGGGCAUGGGUGCCGGCCAGAAGUUCCCCAUGGGUGGAAUGGGCUUUGAGGGACAGCAGGGAAUGGGACAGUCCCCAGGAGGCCUGAUGGGCAACGAAAUGCGCAAUGAGCGCUUUGCCCAGGGCGGUCCUAGGGGGAUGGGUCCCGGUAACCCCAAUUACGGCAGGGUCCGCGAGGAGUUUGACGGUCCCCCUAAGAAACCCCGUUUUUAAACGCUGCUCUUUGAUGCUGCCAUCAGCAACCUUUGUAUAGAUUCUUCAAAACCAACACGUCGAGUCGAAUUUCUUGUAUUUAAGUUUAAAUUGUUGCUAAAUUUUAGCCUGACAAUUUGCUCAUUUUAUGACAGUCAAUAUUUUCAUUUUUUAUUUUUAUUUUGUAUUGUCAGUAGUUUGGAAAGGUAGCCCACCCUCAUGUGAUCAAUUAGUUCUUCCUGACCCAUGUACAAUUUUCUUUUCUAGAUGUAUUAUGCUCUGUGAGUCGUCGUGAAGUGAUAAUUGUAACAUUUUUCUCAACUUUCUAUGGCUGUGUUUUGUGCCAUAAAUUUGGAAUCUAAGCAUGUAUUAUAAUAAAGACAAAUUGGUUCUAUGAGGACAAACCUUUUAACAUUUAUUCCUAAAAGAUGAAGCGUACAGUACUUAAGAAAAACAAACCAAUUCUUUGUUUUCACAAGUGAAAAUAAAUUGGGUAAAUUUGCCACAUUAGCUCUUAAAGGCUCUAUGUGUUAUCUCUGCCGCAAUCCUGACCUCUGAAGUUCAGUGACGCGAACGCUAACAAAAACCAAAACAAGCAUUUGCUUCAAAUGUUCUGCUCCGUAAUUUUCUUCCGUUCAAAUUCAAUUAUUCAGAUAAAGCCCAAUUGCACUGGUAAGACAUUCACCACAGCACCACAUAGUUUAAAAUUUUAAAAGAGACAUGUUUCACUUUUUCUUUAGUAUUUCCCCUUUCAUCUAGUGUUUUAUGUUUUUUGUGUAUGUCUGAAAAUUAAAAAAGCCUUAAGUCCACGGUAAAGAGAGCCCCUCCCCCCCAAAAAAAGGGUCAGUGAGGCUCCUGAAACCUCAGUAAUCAGCCGAUACUUAACUGUAACCGUAAAUUGGUGACAAAGACAUAUUACAGAUGUCUUGCAGCUUGUUUGACACGCCCCCAACAAAACAGAGAAACGAGAACGAGAGAACUUCCUACAAGCGCUGGAAGUGGUUGACCAAUCACAACAGAUAGGGGCCAGCUGGCCAAUCAGAGCAGACUGAGCUUCAUUGGGAGGGAGGGGCCUUAAAGAGACAGGAGCUAAAACCAAGUGUUUCACACAGAGGCUGGAGAGAGGGGCCUCAUGGAUGGACAGUCUGAAGAAACUGAUGCAUUAACUGAGCAUUAAAGCAUGCAAACCUUUUCAAUUAAUAACCCAAAUUAAAAUAUUUAACCUGAAUAUGAGCAUAAUAAGUCUCCUUUAAUACCGACUUUGCGGUUCUACAGAAACUCUUUAGACAUUAAAACUAUGAGGCCGUUUUUAAUGUUUAAGUGGGUGCAACAAGUUGUUUACCACGUUCAAUUUGUUUGGUCGGCUUUUACAGUCAAUCGUCAGGGAAGCAGAAAUACUACACAUAGAACCUUUAGGGAGGCCUGUGGUAUAGUUUGUGUGGUUGUUGUUUUACCAAGUGGACAGAUAUUAGUGUCCUUACGAACACCCUCUGCUCAUACCACGACCUCAGUCUGCCAAUAUUCUGAGUCUUGCUUUUGACUGUGUACAUGCAGUCCAUUGUAUUGAAGGGUCAAAGCAAUCCACUAUCAACAAACUGCACUUACAGUUUUGUGUUGCCGCCUUCAUAGGACUCAAACUAGUUAAUUAGACCUUUGAUGACCCAGUUGGUGUAUAUAUUUCUUUCAAUCAUGUGUUACUGGACAUAAUGACAGAGAAAUUUGUGUACAAGGCAUCUCCUGUGCAGUUUGCAGGCGCUGGCCAUGUAUUAUUGUGUUAAGUGAAAUGGCAGAUGACCAUAAUCUCAUUCCUUUCGUUGGCAACAAUGUAAACAUGCUAACAGCUGUGAAUGUUAGUUGGAAAACAGUUAAUGUCCAAUAAGUUUGGUGGAUUAUCCUUCACAAACCUGCAUAUAAAGGAUAGCCUUAAGUUGUGAUCUUCUGGGUCCAACAGAGAUCAAAGAGUUAGAAAGAAGGACGUAUUUGCUAAAGGAACUGGCCAAUAUUUUCUAUCUGAAUCUUAUGUCCAUAUCUUUGCUCCAAUAUUUGCCUUUACAUGACUGGCAAGCAGCUCAAGUGGGCAGUUUUAAAAGAAUGAACAACCAGAAACUAAAAAACUGAUCUACCAUAGUUUCGUCAGUGGAUGAAAAUGUCCGUUCUUACUUUAGAGACAGCGCUCCAGUUUUACAGACGCUCAUGUCCACAUAGAAAAUUCAGCAGCUAUAGCCAAUGUUGAUUUUAGAAAAUGAAUGAAAAUCCUAAAAUUGCUCAAGCAGCAAUUUGUGUCAGACAUUAUAAGGAGAUUAGAAAUCCAGAGUCUCAAAUGUACAAACCCCUAUAGAAUUAUAGCUAAUCAGAAUAUGUCACAUGUUGAUGUUUGACAUUCUCCUUUUUACAUCCUGACUCCACAGGGGAAAAAAUUUAACAUUUUACAUUGUAACUCUGUGUAUAUAAUAUGCAAACACAUGUGGCAUUUUGCACAUAUGGCUGAAAAACAUCAGCAUCUUUUGUAGUUAUGGUUUGUAAUAGACGAGUGUGUUUUCCAGCAUUAUCAUUUUGUUGUUUUUUUCUCAAGUAAUGAUGUCAUUACCUGUUUGGAGCAAUUAUGACAUAUCUUUGGCAUCAAAUGGACACCUACCCCCAUUCAGUGUUUUGCAUUGGAAAACAUUUUUUGAUAGUGUGUAAAUCACUUGAGUGGAAGUAAAAUGUUGACAUUAAGCUAAUUUCAUUUACCUUUUUUUAAAUUCUUGACAAAAAAAUAAUUAGGACAUUUGACUUUCUGUGAUGAAACGUGGUUUCAUAGUCCACAGAACUUGACCGUGCCAUUUUGUGGACAGUUCCAUUACUUGUUGUUAGCAUUUGGCACUGCUUCUCAAUACCUUGAACCUUGGUUGAAUCUUUGUUUUUAAGAAGAAAAAUAAGAUGUAAUACAUCUUAACUUUGAAAUUAUGGCAUCUAUGUGAGCCCGGCAUCAUGACCCCCGCCCCACUGUACCGAUAGCAGAGAGCAAUAACACGGACAACAGCCAAAUUUAAUUUAAGCCUUCCAACAAGUUAAUUGCAAACCACCACCACCAGCAUGUUUAUUAUAUCCGAGACAGAAACUCACGGACCAGGUAAAAGGUAGAAGCUCAAAAUGAAUAUUUUCUACAAUGCAUUGCUAAUGCUAAUGGGUUUUUUUUCUAAUAAAGAAUCAGAACUUAGUAAACCUGGACCCUGCUUGAAAUCAUUGACCAUUGUUUCACUGUUGUCAGUGGUUGAUGACAUUUGGACCUAUGACAGGAUGACUCCAGUGCUUCUUAUGGGAGUUCUUCAAGAAUGACUAAAAUUGAAUUGCCAUAUUCAAAGUAAGAAUUAAGAAUUUUUACUUGCCAAUAGAAAGUAAAGUAAGUAGCACCUGAGAACCCUGCAAAACACCUGAAAUGGCUGCAAAACAGAAGACUGCACACAUGGAGGAAUUUGGUAAUGCUCUUGGAUAUCAGGGUUUUUGCACCUGAAAAUGUUGCGUGUGUUUGUGUUUUGUGCAUUUUUUCUUUGACAGGUUUGCCCAGCUUUAAAGAUUGUGGACUGUGGAGGGAUUUGAGGCUGUGUAGUGUGGAAUCGCGAAUGAGCAAAAUAACUUUCCCGAGUUGACAAAGCGUCAGCUGGCACUGUGCGAAAGAUUACAACGGAGCUAUGCACAAAGGUUUGGAGCAACAAGGCCUUUUGUUGUCAACACAUUGACUCUGGUGCCACCGUGCCAGUGUAGCACAAAUUGCAUGUAAGGUCACUUAGUUUUAGCCAUGUGGUAGUCAUAUUGCGUGGCAAAUUUGAAAAUCUUUGUUUUGAGAAAAAGAACAGUGGAUGUUAAGUUAGAACCUAAUGGACUUUGGUCCAUUCUCACACUUUAAGAGCUCGCUUGUUUAAUAGAAAAUACAUUUUUGUUCUUUUGGCUAAAACAUUUGGAUCUUUUAUCAAAUGUUGUCGCUAAGUUAACUCUUAUCAAUCUAUAUUUUAUUUUUAGUGAUUGCACUGAAGUGAAGUUACUUAAACAAAAACCUUUUGAAAUAAUAAAAUUUUCAGCAGCUUCAGGUGUUAAAUUUCUCUGACGCCUGUUUAAACCUGCUGUUUGAUCAGUGAUACAGUGAUAGUUUGAGGUGGAAAUCAGCUAAUAUCUGCCAUAUACUCUAGACAUGAUAUUCUGUCAACAGCCUUUUGUAAGUUAUGUAUAUUUCCAAGUUUUAGAACCAGCCAUUAAAUGCAAUGGAAAUCAUAAAAUCCAUUAUAUAUAUUUUUUCCAAUUGACGAGUAGAUUUUUAACCUGACGACUACAUGAGCUUCAGUUCGAGACUGUCAGGUGGCUGACUUAAUGGACAGCAUUUGGAUGUUGAUUACUUAAUUAAAAUGUCCCCUCGACGUAUUUUUUCUUGAUCACAAAGUAAAUGGAAAAUUAGAACAUAAAGGUUAAAGAUGCUGAAAACCUUUUUUGUUGUUGCUGCACCAUCUUAAGUAAAUGUUUCAAAUUGGGUUAUGUAUCCGGUUGGAAGGGUUUUUGUUACAGUACAGAACAAUUUCAUUAGUUCUCUUUUUCCACACAGUGUAUGAAUUACAAUACUGGACUACAAAUACUCAUAUACUUUGGUAAUAUAAUGGGCUAAAGUGUAGAUUUUAAAACCUGCAAUGUUAUGUUUGUCUGUUGGUGUUGUGUGCCAUUUGUUUUUCUUUAACAGGUUUGACCGUCUUUAAAGGUGUUGGACUAUGAAAAGGAACUUUCCAAACCAAGAAAUUCAAAGUCAGUGGUAACCGCAGAUUUGGCAACGUAUACAUUCAGCUGCGGCUGUAUGCUGCUUCUGUUUGAGCGGCUUUUGUUAAUGAACAACGACCACCCUGAAGACCAAAUAGAACGUUAUUUGAAAAAAUAUUGAUUGUGAUAGAUGGUUGCUCUUCACCUUGAAUGGCACCUUGGAAAGUUGGAAGAUUUGAACAUUUGUUCAUUUUUAUUGCAUAAGUAAAGAAACCUGGGACCCAGACGAAUUCUGGGAGCUUAUUUAAAUUUGCUUUGACAGAGUGCGGUCUGGAUCCUCUACAUUGGGAAGUGAUUUCCCCCGCCAGAAAACUUGGUCCAAUCACAACAGACGUAUCUGAUAAUGGGCGUAGAAACAACGCGUAGAGAAAUUACCAAGGCUUCCGCUAACGAACGAGCAUUCGACUAAAAGUAACCAAUAUUUUUCACCGACAUUGUGGAAUCAUCAUCAUCACAGACAUCUCAAUGCACUUUCUAGUCUUUUGACAUUUUCACAUUGCUCAACAGACGUCACAUGAUUACUCUGCGUCCCUUUGAAAUUUAAAAUGAACCACGAGGUUCAAGAUUAAUACGCAUUUGAGUGUUAGUCUGCCUACACCAGACUAGGAGUUUCCCUUAUUGCCAACACAUUUUGACUCUGCAUUAUUGGAGUUAAAAAAAAAGCCCCUUUCAUACACACACGUCUUCCAUUAACCUGAUCCCAAAUCAACGUCAGUCUCGUGACCGACUGAAUAAACAGCCUGGUCACUUUUCCUAAAAGUCCUUAAUAUAUUCCUUUCAACAUGGAUCAAAUCUGAAUGAAUACAGUCCAAUUAAUUGUGCGUUGGCACUUAGUGCCUACCAGUCACAACAGGCCAGGGAGUGAUGAUGAAACAUCUGCAACUUAACUCCAAGCAUGAUUUUAGACAGAAUUUGUUCAUGCCAACAUUAGAUAGCUGUUCGAGAUUACCAGGCAGCUACAGUGAAACGUCAUGGUGGAAGCUGUUGUCAUAUGCAACUUACUAUAUUAGUCUUACGUGUUGGAGGCAAAACAUUACGCACAAUCUUUUCAUAAGUGUUGUCUAAACAAAACCAUAUGGAAGAUUAAAUAUAAAAGUCCUCCUGUGUUUGAUUGAGACAAAGAUGCUACUUUUACAUCAUGACGAAGCCAGGAACAUUGCUGACAAACUCAUCGUCGUAUACAGUAGCCACCAAUCACAUUUAUCAGGCUGCACAGUAUUAGAGGUUUGGAACAGGGAUCUUGUUGCUGACACAUUUCGACUUAUUAGCGUGAAUAUGGAAAACGUUGACAGUGAUUCUAAUCCAAUAUACAUGUCAAAUUCUGUAAAUAUUUUCCCUCAUGGUCCACUAGCUCUCCAUUCUGUACGAGAGCUGAAAUAAUAUAUUUAUAUUGUGUUCCUAAUCUGUCCUGGCUCCGUCAAUUGGGAACAAACAAAGCGCCUCGGACCAUUGGGAAUGAAAGACAAUCAUUUUAGCAUAUGUUAACAGAUAUGCUCACCUGUCCUUGUUUCCUCUAUCAUUGUAUUUGUAGAACCUGCAAAAGGUUUUGCUGCCACUAAGACCUAAAACGCAAUUCGAUGUGCACAAUGUAUUACAUUUAGAUUGAUGCUUAAUGCUAUGCUAGGCCAGGUAAACAUUUCUUUCUUUGUUAGCCUAGCUACAAAUUUUGGGGGCGGAGCUUCUGAAGGAAGUCUUUUCCAGAAUCGCUUGCAAGACAAGUUAUAUUGUAAGUUAAUGUAACAGACAACACCGUAGAUUUCCAUUUAGAGGACUAUAACUUGGAUGUCGCCUAUUUCCAUCUCAUUUUGACGCCAAUAUUGAAGCGUAAAUGUAAAUCUGAGCUUGGAUGCUGACAUUUUUUAGGAAAAGUCCAGAAUUGAGAUUUGUUUAAAGGUAGCCCCACACUCACCUAGCUGACUGUACAUUAACUCUAUCAGAGUUUCAGAAUGGGGAUGUCCACUGUUUCCAGCACAUUUACACUUUGCUUCACUAGAGUGAAAACAGAACUCUUCAGUCAACAUUGAUUUUAAGGCAGCGUCAAGCGCCUGUGAAAGACUCCCCAGUAACUGUUCUGAAAUAAGAAUAAGAAUCUAGCAAUUUCUUUUUUGCAUCUUUAUAGUAAAAAUUGAAGACAAACUGUGACUCUGGCAUUCAACCCUCCACCAUAGAAAAAAACAAUUCCUGACUUAAAAUAUAUUGGGGGGGGAAAGCUACACUUGUACAGCAGACCAACCACCUUAUUCACCAACCUACCUGAGGAAGGAAGCCACGGCACCUUUCGAUUGAAGAGAGGAUGAUGUGGUGUGUUGUGUGUGUGUGUGGUGUGUUUGUUUCAUGUCUUUGGGUACAUGUGAGGUGCGUUAGCCGCUGUCAGCCAGCUUGUCAGAGACAGGCUGCCCCAGUCCACAGUAGAGGCUCCUCUCUGCAGUUGGGUUACAAUGACGAUGAGUAGUUCUGCAGAAGUCAGUGGACAGUAAAGCCUGGACUUGUUUGCACUGCAGCCUGAGGUAUGCUUACACAGAACAGCUGAACAAGUAAGGUAAGUGUCCCAUCCAUGUUUAUAAUACAAGAUGCAUAGCUCUCCCAUAACUGACCAAUUUCUUUUCCUGUGUCACUGCUCCGAGUGACGUUUACAGGGCUUCUGGCAUCACACUUACCAAAGAAUGGCAUCACAGUGCAGAUCUCUGUUCUUCAACCUUUUUUGUGUGUGUGGGUGUGGCGAAGCAUUAUAGCCUGUGCAGUGUGUGUGUUGUUGUUGUAGUACCUAAACUUCUCGAUGUGUGUGUGAAAAAGGACUGACUGGACUGAGUCACUGGUUUAACACCACAUUUUAAAAAUACCGAAAAACUUUUCUUCUGGAUGUCAACAGGAAGACAAUCCUGUUUUCAUUGUUUUGUCAGUGAACAGCCGAUGGUAAAUGGUUUGAGUCAAACAUGAAUCCAAAUGCAUGCGACGGCGUUUUCCACUGUCAGUCUCUCUCAGAAAGCUCUUGUGGCGGUUCUGUCUUUUUCUCUUUUACAUCUGUAACAGUCCAUUAGUUCCAUGUCAGAUCAAGACACUGUACAGAAGUUGAUUUUCUGGAUUGUUGACGUUUAUAACUACACUUCAUAGCUUGUCGUCCCGUCAGAAACGACACAUGCCAGUCUUAAUUUCUCAUAAAUCAAAUCUGCAGUCGUCCCAGUGUGGAUCGCUGUAGCACAACCAGUUAUUCAACUCACGACGAGUUGUGUCAAGCGCAGUAUCGACAUCGACACUCUUGACUCAGUUUGUUUGUCUGUAAAAUGUCUCACACUACGAACCAUUAAUUUCUCUUGUACAGGGAUGGGAGCUCUGCCCAGGGUUAUUUUGGGUGGGAUGGUAGAAGACUACACCUCAACCUCUGUGACUUUGUGUUUGUACAGACUUUGGUGUGGAUUUUCUUUGUUUACCAAUGAAAAUAUUCAAACUGAUGACUGAAUUCCUCCGUUGUUGUUUUUUCUUUUUGAACUAUUCAUUCUUUUCCUCUUGCACAACCUCUAUAACGAGUAUAACGUUGGGAUUUAGUCUCACCUGAAAUAUCUAAGUCAUUGGAUUUAUAGUCAUUAUCGAUUAAUCUGUCGAUUAGUUGUUUGGUCCAUAAAAGUUUCCCAAACCCCAAUAGGAUGUUUUGUGUUGUCCACGCACUAAAAUAUAUUCAUUCUACGGUGAUAAAGCUGCAAAGAAACCAGAAAAUAUUAACAUUUAAGGUGCUGACACUAGAGAAGUUUGGCUGGUUCUAAAACUUUCUUUUACUUCCUUGAUUAUCAAAAUAUUUGUCGAUUACUUAAGUAGUCGAUUAUAAUGACAGGGAACCUGUCCAUUUAUUUUUCUUCAAAUGGAAAAAGAAUGUAUUUGAAACCAUUUAUGUUUGCUCUCUAUGAACCUGCUAAUUUUCUGCCUCACCUCUAGAGGGGCUACUAGAAUUUGGGAGUCCUCAGUCCUAUUGUAGUGGUUGAUGCAACCAUCACCCCCGCUGACAGUAAGUGUUAGCACAAUGCAUUCACAGCUAUUCGUUGAGUUGUGACUGAAUAUAUUCAAUCAGGAAGUGAAUGCUGGUCAGUCAGUUUUCAAACUGGGCAACUGGCGAUUCCAAAAAUCUGUGUCAAGCUCUUGAUGACUAGGAGUUGUGUCAGUGAUGCAGUUUAAAACAUAAAGGUGGUAGUGUCGAUGUAGACUUCGAAUCAGGGUGUUUUUAAGUUUUCUUCAGUGUCAAAGUAAUGCAGUGAAAGUUGUUUGUACAUCCGUAGGGGUCAACUGUAGGCAGGAAAGUGGUAGUGGUAAUUUGGCCUAAUAAAUAAUAUACCAGUUUGCCAAAAUUGCUUGUUUGAUCCACGGCAAAAUUCAACGUCCUGUUUACGUCAACCAAGGUUUUCCUUUUUGUGGAGACGCAGUUCUUCUCUUUCAACUGAUUUUCUUUUCCUGUUGUGCCCGACUCUGUUGCUCUCCUCUCUUCUCUCCUCUCAGUACAGUUCUGCUCAUAUUGUGUCACUCUGUCUAAAUGCCCUGUCAUGCCAGUGACCAGCCAGCCAGGUUGAUAAAAGGUACAGUUACCUGACGACGGAGGCCACAUAACUUUUGUUGCUCGUACGUAGGACUUUGUAUUGUAGCGGUGACGGUCCGGUGGCGCUGCCCUGGAAUCUCAUGUUGAUCGAGAGGAGACUUCAGCCCUGGAGGCUCUCGAUGUCUUCGUCUGCACUGUGAUCCAUUUUCAAUUUUAUUUAAAGUCCUGAUCUGAGACCCAAAAUCUCCUCCAUGUCCUGCCUCUGAGUGUGAUGCCAGAAUGACCCAUUUGGCCUCUUAAACGGCCUCGUGUUUAAAAGAAGAAAAACAAAGGGCACUGCCCAAACGUCUGCACUGAAGAUGACCGACUCCUGUAGAUGGUGUCUCGUCUGUGAUGUGCAGCACCCAGCUCACUUUGGACCUGAUGUGUCCGUACGAUGAAGUCCGGCUUCACGUGGCUCCGUAGCAGAACUCAACUGGAUUGUCGUCCUGAACAUUUUUGUUUUGUCCCUUCCUCCAGUUUCGGAGCAAACAAACGAACGAAGUGUGCUGCGAUGCCUUUCUAUAACUCUUACCUGUGAAUGAUCUCUGUCAUACUCUCCUCACACCCACAUACACCACGUUAUUCACACAUAAUGCAUGUUCACAUGAUAACAUCAUAACCUCUGUCUACAAUGUUUAAAAAGGUUUUUUUUUGUUUUUCCGCAUACACCAAAAACACAAACGCACUGAUACUGAAGCGUCACAUUGUCCUUUUUAAGGUGGCAAACUAGAGUUCUUUAUAUAUAAAGAAAGUAAUGAGCAGUUCACUGCCAGACUCUCACUGUCUGUCUCUCACCACAGGAGCCUGGACCUGCUGAAGGAGGCUGAUCAUCCACUUCGAUUAACCGUGGUAACAUGAAGACGAUGUCUGAUAAAAAAGCAGAGCUGCAGAAGACUUCGGGAACUGCACAGUGGUGACGUCAGGAUGACUUCCAAAGCUGCAGAUGCAGUACCAGGAGGCAUCCAGCAGAGGGCGAACGUCCUGCGGGCCGGAGGAGGGCAGCACCGUUUACCCAUGAAGUUUUAAUAAUAAAUGAAUGAUGAUGAUAAA